UCGGCACCUUCGUCUGCAGGUCUUAGCAGUUCGUGGAUCCCUAUUGUCGAUCCUCCGUCUGGAGGUCUUUUUGGAUCCGGUGGGUCGGGUGGUUCUAUUGCUUCGAGUUCGUCAACAGGUCCACUUGCCGCCCCUGCGUUGCAUCCACCUAUUGGACCCGAAAGUCGCGGGUUUUUUUCGCCUUCUUUCGAACCGGGAACGACAACCAGUUCUAGUCCUAACGCAGCCGGCGGACCUCCGUCCAUUUUCGUUGGAACUGCCCCUUUGGGUUCGUCGACCGGAAAUGUUCCUCGGGGGGUGCCUCCAGUGGCCUUUGAUGGUGGCCCUUUCCCUCCUGGUUUCGGCAUCGUGCCGUUGCCUCCGAUUGGCGUGGUUGGUCCCUGUGACGUUGAUAGCCCUGAUGUUGACAUGCGUGGUGGUGGUCCUCAUGUUGGCGAAAAUCUUGCUCUUGCGUCACCGGCUGUUUGCCUGAGCCCGCCCUUGGUGACCCCGAUUUCUCGAUUGCGGAGCAUUAGUGCUUGCAGUGCGGCACACCGACCUUCAGCCCGUGAUAGAAGUCCCUACGGGAAAAGUGCGAUUGUUCGAUCAGCGUCGGUGACUGGUCCUCCGAAUUUUUCCUCGUCGUCUUCUCCUCCCACGUGGGAUCGGGUCCGUUACUUGGAGGAGCAACUCCGAGUCGCAGAACAUCAGCUG